CGCCCCUAGAAGAAGUGAGGGGCGGAGCUCGUGCCACUGGUAUCUGGUGGUGUGACACGUACGGCGGAAGCGGAGGGACAAACGGACAUAGAGCGUUGUAUUGGGGAAGAGGCAGGUGUUUUUGUAGAAAGCCCAUAUACACAGCUCCACCAUGGAUUUUCUGGACCGAAAUAUCAACUUCAAAGCUCUUUCCAAGUUUUCAAAUAUUUCUCCCAGCACACAGCAACACUUAAAGCAUGUGUAUGCCAGCUUUGCUCUCUGUCUACUGGUUGCAUCUGCUGGCGCUUAUGUCAACGUGGUCUUCAGGUUUCUCCAGGGCAGCUUCCUGUCCUUUGCAGGCUCAUUGGGCAUGAUGAUGUGGCUGAUGUUCACCCCUCACAGUAGAGAGACUGAGAAGAAACGCCUGGGAAUCUUAGCCGGAUUUGCCUUUUUCUCUGGUAUUGGUUUGGGUCCUACUUUGAAUCUUUGCUUGGCUAUUGAUCCCAGCAUCAUUCCAACUGCUUUCCUGGCCACCGCAGUGAUCUUCACCUGCUUCUCUCUCAGCGCUCUGUAUGCACAAAGACGCACUUACCUGUACUUGGGAGGUAUCCUGAUGUCUGUUCUGAGCCUCCUUUUCCUCUCUGGAUUGGUGAAUAUGUUCAUUGGAUCUACUAUGCUUUUAAAAGUCCACUUGUACGUCGGUCUUCUGGUCAUGUGCGGUUUUGUCUUAUUUGACACUCAGCUCAUUAUUGAAAAAGUUGAGAAUGGAGACAAAGACUAUGUUUGGCACUGUGUAGAUCUGUUUCUGGAUUUUAUUGCCAUCUUCCGGAAAAUCAUGAUGAUUAUGGCAAUGAAUGAGAAGGAAAAGAAGAAAGAGAGAAAAUAAAACAAGCCAUUCCCCAACUUUACCAUUUUCUGGGUUUUCAUUCCCUCUCUCCCUCUCUCGUUCUUUCUCUCUCUCUAGCUUUGUCCCAUGAUGUAAUGAAAAGAUUGGGAAGCACUUCACACUUUUUUUUUUUUUUUCUGUCAUUCUGUUAUGUGCAUUUUCCUCUUCCCCACCUGUACAGUGUUUUGCUGAUUUUUCCUAAGAUCCUCCAUAUCAGAACUAAUCUAAUUGUAUCACCAUGAUGCACACAUUUUGAACAUUACAAUGGGCAGGAAGAGAUUUCACAUGCUCCUGUACAGGGCACACACUGCAAUAUUGGGUGUUUAGCCACACACACUGCUGUAUUGAGCAGUUACCUUUAAUAUCACAGUGUGCCUGAAAAAAAGCACAGCCGUGCCUGACGCUGAUUCUGUGAAAGUCCGUCUCUAAUAAGGAAGUGCAAGGUGCAGUAAUCCAUAGCAA